CACGAAAGUAUUUAAAGCUGCCUUUCCGAGUCAUUGGGACAAUUUCGGUAUUAAAUUAUUUUCCGAGAUAUUAAUUAUUGAAUAAAUAAUAAUUAUUCUUCCUAAAACCUCUUAUUUUCUCUCUCUAAGGUUUAGAACACUCUCUUCUCUACCUGAGCAAUUGAUAACCAAUACCAAUCCAACAAUGGUUGAUAAAUCGAAGAAGCGAUUCAUCGGCGAAGACGACGUAUCCACUCUGUUACAGAGAUACUCCGUGAACACGGUUCUCGCUUUGCUGCGGGAGGUGGCGCUGGUGGACGGAAAGAAAAUUGAUUGGCGAGAAAUGGUGAAGAAUACGGCCACCGGAAUUUCCGGUGCAAGGGAAUAUCAGAUGCUUUGGCGCCAUCUCGCGUAUGGAGAAACCCUAGCCGAUCAAUUCGACAAUCACGAAGCGAUCCCUAUGGACGACGAUAGUGAUUUAGAAUGCGAGGUGGAGGCUUUCCCUAACGUUGGCCGUGAAGCUUCCACAGAGGCUACGGCAUGUGUUAAAGUUUUAAUUGCUUCUGGUUAUGUCUCCCGUCUACCGAGCAACUUAACAAUUGAGGGGCCAUUGACUAUUAAUAUACCAAAUAGUAGGGCAGUGCCUGCACCUUCAGAUACCUCAGUUCUCGCCUAUGCGCAUGGGAAAAAUAUUAACAUCCCUGUGACUGUACCAAAACAAUCAUUGCCUUCUUCAGGAUGUGGUGAAAAAAGGCCUAAUGAUGGAGCUAAUUUGCCUCCCCGAAGAAGAAAAAAGGCUUGGUCUACACAAGAGGACAUGAAACUUACGGCUGCUGUGCAAAAAUAUGGAGAACCAAAUUGGGCUAAUAUUGCCAAAGCGGAUUUCGAUAAUGAAAGAACACCAUCGGAGCUAUCUCAGAGGUGGUCCACUCUCAAGAAAAAACAGGGCGGCAACUUAAAAGUCGGUACCACCAGUUCAAAACCUUCUGAAACUCAACUAGCUGCUGCUCAUCGAGCCAUGUCCCUAGCCCUAGAUAGGCCAAUGGGCGACACUUUGAAGGCACCACGGCAAUUAACAACGGGAAUAAAACCCCAGCAACAAUCUCAAAAACCUUCGGGAACUCCGCCAGUUCAGCAGCCUGGAAGAGCGGGCCCCACUAAACCUCAGAUGCCAACAAAGUGGCCUUCUACCAACCCUGCUCCCACUCCAGAUUCAAUGGUCAAAGCUGCUGCAGUUGCUGCUGGGGCCCGCAUCGCCACCUCAGCAGAUGCUUCUUCACUAAUGGAGGCCGCUCGAUCUCAAAAGGUGGUGCACAUCAAAACUGCUAGCGGCAGCACUCCUGUGGUGAAAUCUUCCACCACAAGCAUUGUCAAUCAGCUCCCGAGUAAUGUGCAUUUCAUUCGGAAUGGCCUGGCAAAAGCACCGAUUUCUAACUAUUCCGCUGCUAAACCAAACAUCACGCGGGUUCCCUCUAAAAAUCCUGCAGUAUCUGCAGUUCGGCCUAGCCCAGCGGGGCCCACGGCAUUGUCUGCAGUGGAACUUCACAGAACUGCAGGGAAUGCUUCUACGUCUCGUGUUGAAACUGAAGUGCCUGUUCAAAGAUAUAGAGGCGCUGAUCGUGUGGGACGAACACCCGAGAAUCAACCAGCUGCGUUAGGCAAUCAAUCGGAAGGAGUUGGAAAACGUGAAACAUGUGUCUCGAUUUCCAAUCCAGUCAGCCAAACAAAAGAUGAAGGUAAAGAGAACUCUAAUAAAGAAUGCCCAAGCAAAGGAUAUUCAUGAAAAUUUCAAAAUUCAAAUGGAAGGGCUCAAGAUUUUAACUAGCACAAUAUAGAUGGAAGCGAUAAUUAACGAGCACUUUAGAAUCGUCGACCGUCAAAAGGCCAUGUCUGAAAUCUUUGGUCUUCGUUAUUUUCUGUUGUGUAUAUAAUAGCCGUGUAGAGAACUUCGUUACGAAAUCCUCGAGUAAAGCCUUAUUAGCCUAAAUUGCCAUUGCUUAUCUAUCCUUCAUUGAAAUAGUAUGGCAGAUCCUUCAUUU